GCGCGAACAGACGAAGGAUUUUAUCCAUUCCUUCCCUCUUCAUCAUCAUCAGCAGCUACAGCUGAAGGAGGACGAAGCAGCAGAAAUGACUUCUCUGGUCUCUUCCUUUACUCAUCCCUCUCCAAUAAAACUCUUCUGCUCCUCCUCAUACUUUAACAAGGGAACCUCAAUUGCAUCCUUCCCCCAUUGGUUUUGAGAAGAAGGAAGAACCAACCAACCAUCUCUAUCGUCUGCCGGAUUUCUUCACCACCCGUCGCCAAUGAAACCAGUGCUCCUGUUGGUAGGUUUAGGCUCGACAAUUUGGGGCCGCAGCCUGGUUCCAGGAAGAGACAGAAGAGGAAGGGAAGAGGUAUUGCGGCGGGGCAGGGGAACAGCUGCGGGUUCGGCAUGAGAGGCCAGAAGUCCAGGUCAGGCCCCGGCGUUAGGCCUGGUUUCGAGGGUGGGCAGAUGCCGUUGUACCGGCGAAUCCCGAAAUUGCGCGGCAUUGCUGGGGGUAUGCAUGCAGGUAAACCGAAGUAUGUUCCUGUGAACUUGAAAGAUAUUGAAGCCGCAGGCUUUAAGGAAGGGGAUGAAGUAUCGCUGGAGUCCCUGAAGACAAGAGGAUUGAUAAACCCAUCCGGUAGGGAAAGGAGACUUCCUUUAAAGAUCUUAGGAGAUGGUGAACUGAGUACUAAGCUGCAUGUGAAAGCUCGUACCUUCUCCACUUCAGCUAAAGAGAAGCUGGAAGCUGCUGGAUGCACUCUAACUGUGCUGCCUGGGAGGAAAAAGUGGGUGAAACCUUCGGUUGCGAAGAACUUGGCUCAAGCAGAGGAGUACUUUGCAAAGAAGAAAGCUGCGUCAUCUGAAGCUGAUUCAUCAUCUGCUUGAACCGUUUGAGAAACAUGACCAAGACCCUAUUUCAUCAACUCAACAAGUCUUUUAGUUCGACAUGCAGACGAAGGAUGUUAACUACCUUUCUGUUUGAAGAAAUGGAAGAGAAAACUCUAAGUUCUUUUUCUUCCUCACCCAAUCUGCUUGUUUGUUGUCAUUAGGAUAUAGUUCUUUUGAUUCGUUCUUUAUUUUGGUUUCAUGGUGGGAGAACUUAAAAUCUCAUGUUUUUUAUUACCACAUACCAUCAUUUUGCUUGUAAUUAAUACUCUUGGUUCUUCAUCACAUCAAGGUUGAACUUAUUGUUGCUC